AUGUCCUUUGUUACCUCGUCAAUUUUCUGGUGUGGCCUAAUCAUCGUGUCACAUUUUGAAAUUUUCAUCACGGCAUUCUUCGUUACACUCAUGAGCACAACCUUGCCGACUCAAACGGAUUUGAAGAAUAUUCUCAAGCACCCUCCCCACCACCAUCUAGGACACCUUCUCCCUCCUCUACAAUGCCUACUACCUCCAACUUAUGCCCAAGAUCUCAAAGCCCUCCAUAUCGUCAAACACCUAGUGCCUAAGCAAACACUCAGCGGUGCUUUCAACGCGCUACUAGAUAGGUAG